CAUGCACAGGAACUGUCAUCACCAUGGCUCGAAUGUUCCCCACUUCUGGCCCAUGUCUACCGCCUUAUAAAUCUCUCAUAAUACAAGGAGAUUACCACCCUUCAGCUCCGAUUCACAUGUGUCUGUCUGUUCCAAUGGGUGCCAAGGCGUUACUUCUUUCUUCUUCUCGCCAGGCUCUCAUACGCAGCCUUCGAGAAUACAACGACGAAUGGCUGCUUACAGAUUCUGGAACAGGGAAUACUUGUCACAGUAGUUCCAAAGUUGACAUCUUCUACCCUCCAACCCCAAAUCACUUGGUCGUGUUAUUAUCCGCAUUUAGAACACAUGACGCCUCUGAACCUGUUCCUCUCGAUGCCAAAGCAACUCUAGACUGCGUCCCAUCAUUGCUUGUUUUGCACGAACUAUCCGCGUACUUCUUGCCCAUGAACGAAAACAAACCGCACACUAUCGCAUCGUAUCUCCAGCUUGUUAGCCACGCUGUUGCUUUGGCGAAUUUCCUCUCUAUAGAACCACAAACGCCUAUGCGCUUCGCUCUAUUUGAUUCUCAACUUGACAAUCUGAAGCUCCCCGUCCUACGAGCUCCAAUUAUCCCCGUGUUUGACGGAGAAGAGAACGGUGAUGAAACAUCUAGAUCUGAAUCAGUCGAUUUGUUGGCGCACAAGUAUUUUGAAUGGGUCGGCACGUUUAACAAAUCCAACCCAGAAACUGAUUUUCCAUCUGAUGGAAGUGGGGUACGCCGCUGCACCCUCACGCUGCACAAGCAAGGCAGUGACAUUCGGACGGAUAUCAUGUGGCGGUGGUCAGAAGUUCUAGAACGGACCCACAGCCGCUAUGACGAACCCACAACCACAUUUUUCUGGUCAUGACGUUGGGGUCCAAUCCCACGUCUGGCUUUGCCUGGGAUCUUUGAACACAGGAUCCUUGAUCACUGAGUGCCGAGGAGUUGACUCCGGCCCAUGUUCCCCGCGUAUUGCUGUGGUGCACUAUCCUUGUUGUAUCACCCUAAGUAGGUACUUUGUCUCUUGUGAUAUGUCUAUUGCGUCCACCACGUCAUGCGCGUUUGGUCUGUGCCAUCUGAACAAUUCGCGUCAUGCUGUGUUGCCGUACAUGAUGGUACAUCGGUACGUGUCCUCCUAUUUCCUUGCGCGCAUCACUAUGGCGACCUCCGCUUUUUUCUCAUCAUGG